UUCGGGGGUGUUUGGGGUGUUUUAUCGGAGGUCUUUGGAGGUGUUUGGGGGGUGACCCCGGGACUCCCCCGCCGGUCCCGCGCAGCCGUUUGGGGGCGGAGCCUCCCGGCGGCCCCGCCCAGCCCCCGGUGCGGGACCAAAAGCGGCGGGAGCGGAGCGGGAGGCGCUGCUGCCGCUGGGACCGGAGCGCAGGGAGCCGAGCAGCCGCGAUGGCUGAGGAGCUCAGUGAGCUGCUGAGAGAGUUCGACGAGGUCAUGGAGGACUUUGACCGGGGCCCUGCGAGUCAGUACCAGCAGCACCUGGAGGAGCUGAAGAGGAAAGCGGGACAGAGUGUGUAUGACAGUGGCAUCGAUGAGCUGGAGAGUGCCAGCAUGUCCCCAGGAAGCAGCCUCAGCUCCAGUGAGGAGCGCCUCAACAGCCCAGCUGACACUUAUCCCCCCAAAGCAAAGCUUGGAGACACACAGGAGCUGGAGGAGUUCAUCGCAGACCUGGAUAAAGCCUUGGAAGACUGUCACCAUCUUCUGUGUCAUCCUGCAGAGAUGUGAGCUGUGCUGUGGAGUCUGGAGAGGAGCAGCCCCAGCCCUGAGUCUCCCUGAUGCUGCCUCUGCACCCCUGGCUGGGGUGGGGAUGGCUCUGGGGACAGGGACGGGCAGUGGGGACGGAUCCGGCCGCGGGACGAUGGUGACGAGGCCCUGCCAGUGCCAGGAGAGGCCAGCCCUGGGCGGGACCUGGCCCUGCCCUGCACGGGGUCUGGUGGCUCCAAGGGCUUUGGGGGGGGAGCUGGGCUGCUGCUGAAGCCCCCAGAGUAAUUGUGGGGAAGAUCAGCUUGCAGGACAUCAGCAUGACCUCAGUGUCCCCUCCAGGAUGGGAAGCCUGGUUCCUUGGUGGCAUCUGUCACUGUUGACCUUUGCUUUGCUUGGGGAGCCCCAAAUUGGGCCCCUCUCUGCCCCCCAGGUGCCUCUGCCUCAGCUGCUGCUGUAAAUACUGUAAAAAAUAUGUUUUGUGCUGUACAAAGGGGACGUGGUUCUGUG